UGCGCCUGCGCAGCCUCGACCACAGGGGAGAGGAGGACCACGUACGGCGGUGGAGGAGGAGGAGAAGGAAAGAGGAGAGGAGGAGAGGAUAGACCGACGAGGACCAUGAACGCCGUGCCCGGCGUCAUCUAGCGUGUUGUUAUCUUCCCCUGCUCGUAAGGCGAAGCGUAAACGGAGCAAGUGGAGUCAGCUGUUAAUAGCAGAGAUGGAGGAAAGAAGCCCGUUUCUUUGUGGUGUGGUGGAAGGGUUCUAUGGGAGGCCGUGGUCUAUGGACCAGAGGAGAGUUCUCUUCCAAUGGAUGCAGCACUGGGGUUUGAACACCUACCUGUACGGGCCUAAAGACGACCUCAAACACAGACUGUUAUGGAGGGAGGUGUACUCCCCAGAGGAAGAGGGUCAGCUGAGGACCCUGGUGACUGAGGCGCGGUCGCGGGGCGUGACCUUCGUCUACGCCCUUUCCCCCGGCCAGGACAUCGUCUUCUCCUCCGCCUGCGACCUCACCCUGCUGAAGCGCAAGCUCAAGCAGGUGUCAGACCUGGGUUGCGAGGCGUUUGCCAUCCUGUUCGACGACAUCGACCACUCCAUGUGUCAGGCCGACAGCGAGGCCUUCGCCUCGUUCGCCCACGCUCAGGUGUCCGUAGCCAAUGAGAUCUACCGCUCCCUGGGGGAGCCGUCCGUCUUCCUGUUCUGCCCCACAGAGUACUGCGGGUCCCUUUGCUCCCCCUGUGUGUCCAAGUCCUCCUACCUGCAGACCCUGGGGGCCGACCUGCAGCCCAACAUCUCAGUCAUAUGGACCGGCAGUAAGGUGAUCUCCAGGACCCUGUCGGUGGACUGUCUGGAGGAGGUGGGCUCGGUUCUGCAGCGCCCGCCGCUCAUCUGGGACAACCUGCACGCCAACGACUACGACUCGCGGCGCCUGUUCCUCGGGCCCUUCAAGGGCCGGGAGCCGCAGCUCCGCCGCCGCCUCAGGGGCCUCCUGCUGAACCCCAACUGCGAGUUCGAGGCCAACUACAUCCCCCUGCACACCCUGGGGACCUGGCACCGGACCCCCCCCGGGGGAGAGGGGGGAGACGACGAGCCUGAAUACUGUCCCGACAGCGCUCUGUCCGAGGCGCUCCGUGAUUGGAUGGACGAGCUCAACCAGCCCCUGCAGCCAGGCCGUCAGAGCACCACCCCCACCUCCCGCGCCAAGACCCCCGACCGGGCCGACCGCCCCCCCGCCACGGCCAAGCCCCUCCCCAUGUUCCCGCUGAGCUCCGGCUCCCCCCCCACCUCCCCCGCCAAGGGGGGAGAGAACGGGAGCGAGGGCGAGGCGAAGAGGCCCCCGGGGGAAGGCCUCAAGCACAAGGCCCAGGGCCGGGUGCCCUGCGGCGGGAAGGGCCUGCUAAGCGAGGCCCAGGUCCGGCUGCUGGUGGGCCUCCACUACCUGCCCCACGAGCACGGGCCGGCCGCCCAGCGGCUGCUGCAGGACCUCACCUGGCUCAAGUCCAACUGCCACCUGGUCAGCCUCAACGGGAAGAAGACCGCCCAGCAGAAGGUGGAGGAGUGGCGUGGCCGGGCGUCCCGGCUGAUGGCGCUCUGCGAGGACAUCGCCGAGCUCCACUGCAGCGUGGUGGGCGGGGUCAACCGCGCGGUGCUGUACGACCUCUACCCCUACGUCUGGGACCUGAGGAACACCGCGCUGGUGGCCAAGGCCUUCGUCUGCUGGCUGGACGGCCGGGUUCUGGGGGACAGCUCCACUCUGGGCUCCUGGAAGAACUGCUUCCACUGGUGUGGGACGACGACGGGGGCGGAGCUACUUGGAGUGGAUUCGGAACCGUGGGUGUUCAAGGGCGGGGUCUCGGGGGAAGUGCAGAUGCUCCUUCCAAUAGGGAGCAGCACUGAGCUGUUCACUCACCCUCCUCCUCUCUUCCCCACCUCUCGCCUCUACAACGUCAGGCCCUACCACAGCAAGGACAAGGUGGAGUUAUACCGUAUGGUGCGACAGCUGCACCUCAGAACCCAGGGGGGUAAAGACUCCAACUCAACCCACCCUGAUGUCACCGGCGACAGGUGCCUGGGGGCCUGCCUGGCCCUGUGCCCGGAGUACAGCUUCGUGCUGGAGGACGAGCUGGGCGUGUGCGGCUGCGUGACGGGCGUGCAGGACGUGCGCGCCUUCAUCAAGCGCUGCCACGCCACCUGGAUGCCCGCCAUGAGGGACAAGUACCCGGGCCCCCGGACCGGGCCCUCGGCGCUGCCCGCGCACACACAGGACCUGCCCCUGCUGAUGGAGGAGGACCAGGGGGAGUACCCGGACUCCCUGCUCCACCACUUCCCCUCCCAGCUGCGUCUGGACGCCCUGCCCCAGCUGGUGGACGCCAGCGUGAGCCGCACCCUGCUCACCGCCCUGCUGGCCGCCCUCAAGGCCAACGGUUCCCAGGGGGUGUUCUGUGAGGUCCAGCCCACCGACCGCCAGCGGAUGGAGUUCCUCACCAAGCUGGGCUUCCUGGAGAUCCUCCGCGGAGAGGCCCGCAGCCGAGAGGGCGUGGUCCUGGGAAGGCUCCUGUAACACACACACACGCACAGUAACACGCACACACUGCCACACACACACACACACACACACACACACACACGCACAGUAACACACACACACACUGCCACACACACACACACACACACACACACACACACACACACACACACACACACACACACACACAAAAAUCGCACUGAAAACAUACAUUGAAAUAAGGACACACUCAAGUAUGCAUGAAUACAGAAAUGUCUCACACACAUACCCGCACACACACUUUAAGGGAUACUCUUUGUGGGGACUGUGUUAAUCAUCAUGCAGGACUCGAGUGAGUUAAACUUGAGUUGUUGAGACAUCAAUUACUGCAUGGGUUGUGGUUGGCUCAGACGUUGUAGUGCUAGACAAUAUUUCGGUGUUUACAUUCGGUGACCUUUGAACCACCAGUUUACAUGCAUGGACGACAAGAAAAGGGGCGUGUCCCGAGUGGCUGGCCUGUCCUGCAUUCGGUUCAAAAUUUUCAGUUGACAGCGAUAUUUGAUGUAGUGCCCCACGUUUGUGACAUUCAAGUUUUGCAUUCGUUGCGGGGCACUUGAUAUCCUGUGUAUACGCUGUUGUCGUCAGGUAGGCGACCGGUGCGUUUCACCAUCACGGUCAAAUUGGCCAUCAUGCUUAGGUGAGAGACAGGAAAAAAAGAAGGCCAAUGCUAAACAAAGAAAGCAAAAGAAACAAUGUUAGCAAUGUUAUUCGUCAUUCAUAUUAAACUAUUCCCAUUUAUUAUUUAUAUGCGCACCACCGCAAGGGCAAUGAGGGCUUGGGUAUGUGCAUUAUUUCAGACACACCAAAGGGACUAGUCAGUCACAUCUCGGGGCCCUUUCACCAUGAUGGAUGCCAAGUAUGCCAUUGGAUUCGUUGACAGGUAUUUUCAGUGCAUUGAAGACCACCAAAAAUGUUAAGCUUCAUGACCUAGUGAGGACAGAUCGACUCGCCCUGUCGACUAUAAAAGAAAGUGUAGGGGAGAUGGCCAUCAGAGGCUUACUGGUGUCAUUCGAUGGAUUGAAGAAGAGCCAAAAUAUGUACUUAAGAUUGUUAUGACAUGCAGGCAAUAAUGAGACAUGAGACAUGAGCCAUGUACACACAUAAUCCUAAAAUCAGCAUUUUAUAAAGAUGCCUUUGCAACACACGCAGUGUGUAGGCCAACAGCACUAAAGCCUUGUCUGUGUGUCUGUCACACACACACACACACAAAGACGCGCAUAUACACACAUACACAAACACACUUGAUAAAAAAAAUAAGCACAAGCUGUCAUUGAUCAGAUGAGCUGAACUGAAAGUGAAACUAAACUAAAGAAUGUUAAUUUUUUGUAAUUCACCAAUGAAAAAAAACGAUUAAUUGUGUAAUCGAUUGUAUUUGUACUGAUUUCCUUUGAAGAAUUGCCAUUGCUAGAUCAAUCUUGGACAGAAAGCCACUUAAUUAAUAGUUGAUAAUUAAUGACGAAUAUGUCCCUUCUGGCCACUGUCUGUCUGUCUGUUGAUGUUGUUGUUAGGAAAAAACCAAACACAACCCUAGAGGCAAAUGCAUGUUCUAGUCUUUGUUACAAAACCAGGAUGUUUGUCCACCCAUUGAUAUGUAGACAGUGAUUAUGGCAGUAGAUUUGUUUUAUAAUUGAAGUAGUUAUUUUAGGAAUAGGGGAAAUGUGCUAAAAUGAAAACAAACAAAAAUGACGGUAACAAAAUGGCAAACAGAAAGCACUGUGAAAGAAGUCACAGCAAUAUACAUUUUAUGUGAAUAUUCAUAAGAAGACAUGAAUAUUCAUAAGAAUAUCUGAAUAUUGUGAAAUGAAACGAGAAACGGAACUGAAGAUGUCUGUGUUGUGUAUCCAAAACGUUUAGAAAAAACUAAACACAUUGUAAUAAAUAUUAAUGACAUGACAUGUCAUUACUAUAAAAUAAUCUCACACAGCCACGAUCCAUCCAAACAGACUCCAUGACACCAGCUUGACCACUUUAAAGGAUUUAUGUUCAGAAAGAUAUCUUGUCAGUUUUCACACACACACACACACACACACACACACACACACACACACACACACACACACACACACACACACACACACACACACACACACACACACACACACACACACACACACACACACACUCUGCUUGACGUUAUCGUGUGUUUUGAGUUGUGGUCGAGCUCUAGCUAUAGAACGUUAUGCAGGGUAGGUCAACUGAGGUGAGGCAAUCGAUGUACUGCUGGAUUUAAGCUGUAUUUACAUUUAAAAUGUUGGGGAAACGUUUUACCAUUAAAACAUUUUAUGGAACUGG